UUUCGUUUUUUGUGUUCAUGUACUUCCCAAAAUCCAAAUGGUGACAAAGUAAACCAAGCAAUUACCUCUUGAGCCUUUGAGGUUAGGCUCCUCUCUCAUAUCUAUGCCAGAAUUUUUUACUUCUUUAAGCUCUGACAGGUGUUUCUCACCAAGGGAUUUGAUAAUUCUUGAAGAAAAAGGAAAACAAUUUGUAAGUCGCCAUCAAGCUUCCGUCUUUGUAUUCACACAUUGAUCUCUGCUCAGUAUAUUUGCUUCUUUUUAUUUCAAUCGAUUUUUCGUCUGGAAGAUCGUUUAUUUCGGAUCUCCCUGCAUAUUGGGGAUAUUUUUUUCAUCUGAAAUGUCAUCUGAGCUGCAGAGGAUUUUGUUUCACUCGUGGAACUGUGGUGUCUGGUUAAUGGGUUUUCUUACUUGAUGCCUAAAAUCAUCAUUUUGGCUUAAAAUUUUUAAUCUUUUGCUGUGGUUUUAGACUGCAUCUUGCAUUUCGAUUUAGGUAAGGCUUCUCACGUGGCAGUUAGGGUUUUAAGACCUUAUUGCUUUUGGGUGGGCUAGGGUUUUGAGAAUUUAUAGAUAUGAAUGGUGUUGGAGAAUCAUCCGAAUCUGUUUCUGUUUUACGCGAUGAUGAUGCUUGUCCUAGGCAAGUGUCACCUAUUAGGGUUGGUGGGUCGAGGAAUACAAGCCCCUUGGGCCGUGUUGGAUCGAGAAAUACCAGUCCUUCUCGGCAGAAGGCAGUUAAGACCAAACCUCGUGGUUUAGAUGAGGAAACAGCAGCAACAUUUGGUAAAGCUGUUCACCCUGAUGUUCAAAUGGAGGAUAACAUAUGGGCAAUGUUGCCCGAGGAUCUACUGAAUGAGAUUUUGGCCAGGGUUCCUCCUUUUAUGAUAUUUCGUCUCCGUUCAGUUUGUAAAAGAUGGAAUUCCAUUCUUCAGGACGGCAGUUUUCUUAAAUUUCAUUCGCAAGUGCCAUCUCAUGGUCCUUGUCUUUUGACAUUUUGGAAAAACUCACAGAUACCACAAUGCUCAGUUUUUAGCUUGCCUUUGAAAACAUGGUACAGGAUUCCUUUCACUUUUUUACCACAGUGGGCAUUUUGGUUGGUUGGUUCUUCAGGGGGCCUCGUUUGCUUUUCUGGGCUUGACGGUCUAACUUUCAAAACUUUAGUUUGUAAUCCUCUCACUCAAACUUGGAGAACAUUGCCAAGUAUGCAUUAUAAUCAACAAAGGCAGCUGAUAUUGGUUGUUGAUAGAGUGGAUAGGUCGUUUAAAGUUAUAGCCACCAGUGAUAUUUAUGGUGAUAAGUCAUUGCCCACUGAAGUUUAUGAUUCAAAGCUUGGAAGAUGGUCGCUCCACCAAAUUAUGCCUGCAGUCAAUCUGUGUUCUUCAAAGAUGGCAUAUUGUGACUCCAGAUUGUAUCUGGAAACUCUUUCACCACUUGGUCUGAUGAUGUAUCGGCUUGACACAGGUUACUGGGAACAUAUUCCAGCCAAGUUCCCACGGUCUUUGUUGGAUGGCUAUCUGGUGGCUGGCACUCAGAAGCGUCUGUUUCUAGUGGGAAGAAUUGGCCUUUACAGUACUCUUCAAAGUAUGAGAAUUUGGGAAUUGGAUCAUGAAAAGAUUAUGUGGGUGGAGAUCAGUAGGAUGCCACCAAAGUACUUUCGUGCUCUGUUGAGGUUAUCAGCUGAGAGAUUUGAGUGCUUUGGACAGGAUAACUUGAUCUGCUUCACAUCUUGGAACCAAGGAAAGGGCCUUCUGUAUGAUGUAGAUAGGAAGGCUUGGUCUUGGAUCGCUGGAUGUGCUCUUCAGAUCUGUUACACGGAUGUUUGGGAUACAAUGAGGUAUCCUACAGUCAUAGACUCGGCUUUUGAGACAUACAGUUAUUUGGCACUUUGUGCCCUACAGUUACAGUUUCCUUAUCUGACUUAACAGUCCCAUUUAAAUUUAUAGGGGCCAACAGAAAAAUAAUAAAUAAAUAAAAGUAUUAAGAGAAAAUAAAACCUUUUACAUGAUGAAGAAAAAGAAAAGAUU